AUGGCAGUAAGUCUUCGAAAUGGGAGAGAUUUAGACAAGGAGCAGGAAGUUGCACAAGCCAGCAAGGAGACUACACCAGCCACUCCAACUCCACUAGAGGUAGAUGAACCAACAAAUCUGACUGAAGUGGUAGUUGAACAGGGUCAAGAUGAAAAGGGUAAGGCUAAGUUGAAUAUUCCUUUGAUGGAUGCCUUGAGGGAGAUGCCAGGUUAUGCAAAGAUGAUGAAAGACCUAAUGUCACGGAAGUUUGAUUUUCAGGAUCUAUCCACAGUGACUCUGACGCAGACCUGCAGCGUAGUAGUGACCAGACCAAUGGCUCAAAAGAUGUCCGACCCAGGUAGCUUCACUAUUCCUUGUACAAUUAGGAGUUACACCUUUGCAAAGGCAUUAUGUGAUUUGGGAGCCAGCAUAAAUUUGAUGUCGUUGGCUGUAUACACCAAACUGGGCAUUGGCAGAGCUAGACCGACUUCGAUGCUGCUGCAGCUGGCCGACUGCACGGUAAAAAGACCUACUGGGAUUCUUGAUGAUGUAUUGGUGCAAGUGGGGAAGUUUGUGUUCCCCGCAGACUUUGUUAUUCUGCAUUGUCAGGUAGAUGAGUAG